AUGGCGGAGCACCUGGCCUCCAUUUUCGGCACCGAGAAGGACCGCGUCAACUGCCCCUUCUACUUCAAGAUCGGCGCUUGCCGCCACGGAGACCGCUGCUCCCGCCUCCACAACCGCCCCACCAUAUCCCCGACCCUCCUCCUCUCCAACAUGUACCAGCGUCCCGACAUGGUCACCCCCGGCGUCGACCCCCAGGGCCAGCCCAUCGACCCCCGCAAGAUCCAGGAACACUUCGAGGACUUCUUCGAGGACAUCUACGAGGAGCUCCGCAAGUUCGGAGAGAUCGAGAGCCUCAACGUCUGCGACAACCUCGCCGACCACAUGAUCGGCAACGUCUACGCCCAGUUCAAGGAGGAGGACCAGGCCGCCGCCGCCCUCGCGGCCCUCCAGGGACGGUUCUACUCCGGCCGCCCCAUCAUCGCCGACUUCUCCCCUGUCACCGACUUCCGGGAGGCCACCUGCCGCCAGUACGAGGAGAAUAGCUGUAACCGUGGCGGCUACUGCAAUUUCAUGCACGUCAAGAUGAUCGGCCGGGAGCUGAGGAGGAAGCUUUUCGGCAGGAACAACCACCACGGGAGGUACUGGGGGACCCGCAGCAGGAGCCGGAGCUCGAGCCCUCCUUCAAAUCACCACAGGCGAGAUCGGGACAGGGACAGAGACAGGGAUUACGAGAGGCGGGACUUCCGAGGUGGCGGCAGGAGGUCUGGAGGAGACAGGCAUGGUGGUGGGGGAAGGUAUGAGGGCGAGAGGAGAAGGCAGAGGAGCAGAAGUCCUGUGAGGGAAGGGAGUGAGGAACGGAGGGCGAGGAUUGAGCAGUGGAAUCGGGAGAGGGAGGAGAAGGAGCAGUGA